AUGUGGUCGGUGUGUGUGUUUGUGUGUGAGUCAAUCUUACCGAUGGCAUUCUUCAGAGUCUCAAAGGUGAUCUGCUCUGCUGGAGACUUCUGUGGACAACAAGGAUAGUAAUGAGAGAGUUAGGCUGGGAUUCAAUCAGAUCAGCAGUAACCUGCGCUAGCCCACAAACACAUAGCUUUUCAUUGCUUUUGUUUAGGCGGUGUCGGAGGUGUAACUGUGUUAGAGCUGUCAAAUCCACAAGCAUCUCCUGGCGUUAGGCUACCUAUCGUGGCCAUUGGCACUGGAUGCACCGAGCCGCAUUAGUAGAAAUCCCAUGUAGCCGGGUUACAAGUUGGAAGACUGGAAUGUGUGAUACACACCUCCAUUAGGUUGAUAUACAGCCUUAUUAUUUUGUUUAAUUAUUUUAAAUAUGAGUUGUCAUAGAAUUGGGAAUUACAAAACUAGAAUGAACAUUAACCUUCUUGUAAAUGGUAUAAAAGGUCAGCCAUUUUGGUCAGGGAGUUGGUCAACCAUGGUUUGCCAGUGCUGUGAUAAGAUAUUGUGUAAAACAAUGGAUUUGAAGACUUUAUCUGCACUGUAUGUUUGUUAGCUAGCUAGCCAGCCAGCCAGUCUUAGAGGAAGAGCUUGUUGAGUGUUAGUGGCAGCAUGGGUUUGUGGUGGUACAUAGACAGCUAGUCUUAGUGCCAGCAUGGGUUUGUGAUGGUACAUAGACAGCUAGUCUUAGUGGCAGCAUGGGUUUGUGGUGGUAAAUAGACAGCUAGUCUUACUGGCAGCAUGGGUUUGUGAUGGUACAUAGACAGCUAGUCUUAGUGGCAGCAUGGGUUUGUGAUGGUACAUAGACAGCUAGUCUUAGUGGCAGCAUGGGUUUGUGGUGGUAAAUAGACAGCUAGUCUAGUGGCAGCAUGGGUUUGUGGUGGUAAAUAGACAGCUAGUCUAGUGGCAGCAUGGGUUUGUGAUGGUACAUAGACAGCUAGUCUUAGUGGCAGCAUGGGUUUGUGAUGGUACAUAGACAGCUAGUCUUAGUGGCAGCAUGGGUUUGUGAUGGUACAUAGACAGCUAGUCUUAGUGGCAGCAUGGGUUUGUGGUGGUAAAUAGACAGCUAGUCCUAGUGGCAGCAUGGGUUUCUGGUGGUAAAUAGACAGCUACGAAAAAUAUAGAUAAAACUCAGCAGCCCAAUUCUGACCUAUUUUGCACUAAUUGGUCUUUUGACCAAUCAGAUCAGUUCUGAAAAUUAUCUGAUGUUAAAAGAUCUGAUGUGAUCGGUCAAAUAGACCAAUUAGUGGGAGAAAAAACAUCUGAAUUGGGCUGCCUGUGUAAAUGCAGCCACUGAGACAGAGAGAAAGAGAGAUGGAGAGAAAGAGUUUGGCUGAUAAUGGGUCAGUAUCUGGGAAAAUGAUGUCAUAAAUGGGGGGGCUGUUUUGUUUCUGCGGUCCAGAAGUCAGACACAAAUCAUCAUUACGCUCUCUCAGAAAAGAGACAUCCAAUUCUUCCUAGAAAACGAGCACAUGUUGUUAGACCAUACAAUUUAGGCUUUACGUAACACUCAUAAAAACACCAACAAAAAGAUGGUGUUGAUGUGGUAUUUUCACUAGCUUCUUUAGAUUUAUCGUGCUCCAAUCCAAUCCAGGUUACACACACAAGCAAGCAGUUAUAAGUACUGGAUGUCCCUUCAGAGAGUAUUCAUACCCCUUGACCUAUUCCACAUUUUGUUGUGUUACAGGAGUAAACAAAUAUAUAAUCUCACCCAUCUACACACAAUACCGCAUAAUGACAAAGUGAUAACAUGUUUUUAGAAAGUUUUGCAAAUGUAUUGAAAAUUAAAUACAGAAAUAUCUCAUUUACAUAAGUAUUCACACCGAUGAGUCAAUACAUGUUAGAAUCAUCUGUGGCGGCGAGUCUUUCUGGGUAAGUCUCUAAGAGCUUUCCACACCUGGAUUGUACAAUAUUUGCACAUUAUUCUUUUUAAAAUUCUUCAAGCUCUGUCAAGUUGGUUGUUGAUGAUUGCUAGACAGCCAUUUUCAAGUCUUACCAUAGAUUUUCAAGCAGAUUUAAAUCAAAACUGUAACUAGGCCACUCAGGAACAUUCAAUGUCAUCUUGGUAAGCAACUCCAGUGUAUAUUUGGCCUUGUGUUUUAGGUUAUUGUCCUGCUGAAAGGUGAAUUUGUCUCCCAGUGUCUGUUGGAAUGCAGACUGAACCAGGUUUUCUUGUAGGAUUUUGCCUGUGCUUAGCUCUAUUCCUUUUCUUUUUAUCCUAAAAAAACUCCCUAGUCCUUGCCGAUGACAAGCAUACCCAUAACAUGAUGCAGCCACCACUAUGCUUGAAAAUAUGAAGAGUGGUACUCAGUGAUGUGUUGUGUUGGAUUUGCCCCAAACAUAAUGCUUUGUAUUCAGGACAUAAAGUUAAUUUCUUUGCCACAUUUCUUUGCUGUUUUACUUUAGUGCCUUAUUGCAAACAAGAUGCAUGUUUUGGAAUAUUUGUUAUUCUUUUUACUCUGGCAUUUAGGUUAGUAUUGUGGAGUAACUACAAUGUUGUUGACCAUCAUCAGUUUCCUCCUAUCGCAGCCAUUAAACUCUGCAACUGUUUUAAAGUCACCAUUGGUCUCAUGGUGAAAUCCCUGAGCGGUUUCAUUCCUCUCCGGCAACUGAGUUAGGAAGGACGCCUGUAUCUUUGUAGUGACUGGGUGUAUUGAUACACCAUCCAAAGUGUAAUUAAUAACUUCACCAUGUUCAAAGGGGAUAUUCAAUGUCUGCUUUUUUAUUUAAAUGUAUCUACCAUGUAUCUUUGUGAGGCAUUGGAAAACCUCCCUGGUCUUUGUGGUUGAAUCUGUGUUUGAAAUUCCCUGCUCGACUGAGGGACCUUACAGAUAAUUGUAUGUAUGUGGUACAGAGAUGAGGUAGUCAUUCAAAAAUCAUGUUAAACACUAUUAUUGCACACAGAGUAAGUCCAUGCAACUUAUUAUGUGACUUGUUGAGCACAUUUUUACUCCUGAACUUAUUUAGGCUUGCCAUAAAAAAGGGGUUGAAUACUUAUUGACUCAAGACAUUUCAGCUUUUCAUUUUUUAUUUAUUUGUAGAAAUGUCUAAAAACAUAAUACCACUUUGAAAUGAUGGGGUAUUGUGUGUGUAGGCCAGUGACCAAAAAAAGUCAAGGGGUGUGAAUAGUUUCUGAAGGCACUGUAGCUAUUUAACCGAGUACAGCCAUUUGGGAUAGGACCAGUAUGUUCAGCAACAUGAAGUUGGUAGAAAAUGUUUGAAACUGUAGAAAUGUGUUCCGACCGUCUCCAGCGUCUGAUGGUCUCUCUCCUUCUCCAGGUGUGUCACGUUGAGCUGCACCUGGCCACCUGUUUCCAGCCUAUUAACGGACGCAUGCAACUGCAGGUUCUCGCUGCCCAGAACCUCCCUGCUCCACUCAGCCAUGGUACGGGGUCUAUAUAGUCUGUUAUAUAUAUGUUAUAACCUCCCUGCUCCACUCAGCCAGGCUACGGGUCUAUAUAGUCUGUAAUAUAUAUGUUAUAACCUCCCUGCUCCACUCAGCCAGGGUACGGGGUCUAUAUAGUCUGUUAUAUAUAUGUUAUAACCUCCCUGCUCCACUCAGCCAGGGUACGGGUCUAUAUAGUCUGUUAUAUAUAUGUUAUAACCUCCCUGCUCCACUCAGCCAGGGUACGGGUCUAUAUAGUCUGUUAUAUAUAUGUUAUAACCUCCCUGCUCCACUCAAGCCAGGGUACGGGUCUAUAUAGUCUGUUAUAUAUAUGUUAUAACCUCCCUGCUCCACUCAGCCAGGGUACGGGGUCUAUAUAGUCUGUUAUAUAUAUGUUAUAACCUCCCUGCUCCACUCAGCCAGGGUACGGGUCUAUAUAGUCUGUUAAUAUAUAUGUUAUAACCUCCCUGCAUCCACUCAGCCAGGUACCGGGUCUAUAUAGUCUGUUAUAUAUAUGUUAUAACCUCCCUGCUCCACUCAGCCAGGGUACGGUCUAUAAUAGUCUGUUAUAUAUAUGUUAUAACCUCCCUGCUCCAACUCAGCCAGGGUACGGGUCUAUAUAGUCGUUAUAUAAUAUGUUAUAACCUCCCUGCUCCACUCAGCAAGGGUACGGGUCUAUAUAGUCUGUUAUAUAUGUUAUAACCUCCCUGCUCCACUCAGCCAGGGUACGGGUCUAUAUAGUCUGUUAUAUAUAUGUUAUAACCUCCCUGCUCCACUCAGCCAGGGUACGUGGUCUAUAUAGUCUGUUAUAUAUAUGUUAUAACCUCCCUGCUCCCACUCAGCCAACGGGUUAAAGUCAUGGCUCUAUCAGUAACGUCCCUCUCACUCGCAAUGGGUAGGCGAUUGCAUGAGUCGUGUGCUCGAUUUUAUAACCUCUGUCCACUCACCAGGGUGGGCUAAAUAGUCGAAUAUUAUAUUGAAGAGGGUGUCAAUAUCGUUAAUAUCAUUUUAUUGUAACCUUGACCAAUACACAGGUGGUUUUACUUACGUUAAAUGUUUACUCUGUACAAGCCUCUUAAUCUGUUAUUUAUGUUAUAAUCUGCAUCGCGUGGUUAGGGCAAUAUUUUAUAAAUAAACUUGUCAUAAAGGUAAGUAAAAUAAGUAUGUCAUAAUAAUAGUAUAAACCUCCCGACUACAAUCAGCCAAGGGAGGGUUAUAUAGUGUAAUAUAUUAUAACUCCGUGUAACAGUACGGCUAUAUAGUUGUUAUAUAUAUGAUAUAACUCUGCUAUAGCAGUAGUUAUUAUAGUCUUUAUAUAUAUUAUACACACACAUGCUCCAGCCACUGACUUGUUGGAAAGGUGGCAUCCUAUGACGGUUGCCCCGUUGAUAAAGUCACUGGGCUCUUCAGUAAGGCCAUUCUACUGCAAAUGUUUGUCUAUGGCGAUUGCAUGGCUGUGUGCUCGAUUUUAUACACCUGUCAGCAACGUGUGUGGCUGAAAUAGUCGAAUCGACUAAUUGAAGGGGUGUCAAAUCUAAUCACAUUUUAUUUGUCACAUUAACCGAAUACAACAGGUGUAGACCUUACCGUGAAAUGUUUACUUACAAGCCCUUAACUCUUAUUUUUCUUAACUGCAUUGUUGGUUAAGAAAAAUAUUUACUAAAUAAACUUUCAUAAAAUAAAGUAAAAAAUAAAAGAGCAAAAAUAAAAUAACAAUAUACAAGAAAAUGACAAUAAGUAACAAUAAGGAGGAGAGUAUAUAUAAAUAACAAUAUACAGUGUAAAUACUAUAAUAUAUAUAUAUAUAUAUAUAUAUAUAUAUAUAUAUAUAUAUAUAUAUAUAUAUACACACAGGGGGUACCGGCACCGAGUCAGUGUGCGGGGGUACUGGUUAGUCGAGGUAAUUGAGGUAAUAUGUACAUGUAGGUAGAGUUAAAGUGACUAUACAUAGAUAAUAGAUAAUAAACAGAGAGUAAAAAAAUUUUACAAAAAAGGGGGGGGGGGGGGAUCAAUGCAAAUUGUCCGGGUAGCCAUUUGAUUGGCUGUUCAGCAGUUUUAUGGUUGGGGGUAGAAGCUGUUAAGAAACCUUUUGGACCUAGACUUGGCGCUUCAGUACCGCUUGCCGUGCGGUAGCAGAGAGAACAGUCUAUGACUAGGGUGGCUGGACUCUUUGGCAAUUUUUAGGGCCUUCCUCUGACACCGCCUGGUAUAGAGGUCCUGGAUGGCAGCAAGCUUGGUCCCAGUGAUGUACUGGGCCGUAUGCAUUACCCUCUGUAGUGCCUUGCGGUCGGAUGCCAAGCAGUUGCCACACCAGGCAGUGAUGCAACCAGUAAGGAUGCUCUCGAUGGUGCAGCUGUAUAACUUUGAGGAUCUGAGGACCCAUGCCAAAUCUGUUCAGUCUCCUGAGGGGGAAUAGGCAUUGUCGUGCCCUCUUCACGACUGUCUUGGUGUGUUUGGACCAUGAUAGUUUGUUGGUGAUGUGGACACCAAGGAACUUGAAGCUCUCAACCUGCUCCACUACAAAUCCUUCUUUUCCUGUAGUCCACAAUCAUCUCCUUUGUCUUGAUCACGUUGAGGGAGAGGUUGUUGUCCUGGCAACACACUGCCAGGUCUCUGACCUCCUCCCUAUAGGCUGUCUCAUCAUUGUCGGUGAUCAGGCUUACCACCGUUGUGUCGUCGGCAAACUUAAUGAUGGUGUUGGAGUCGUGCUUGGCCACUUAGUCAUGGGUGAACAGGGAGUACAGGAGGAGACUAAGCACGCACCCCUGAGGGGCCCCAGUGUUGAAGAUCAGCGUGGCGGAUGUGUUGUUGCCUUCCCUUACCACCUGGGGGCGGCCCGUCAGGAAGUCAGGGUCCAGUUGCAGAAGGAGGUGUUUAGUCCCAGGGUCCUUAGCUUAGUGAUGAGCUUUGAGGGCACUAUGGUGUUGAACACUGAGCUGUAGUCAAUGAACAGCAUUCUCACGUAGGUGUUCCUUUUGUCCAGGUGGGAAAGGGCAGUGUUGAGUGCAAUAGAGAUUGCGUCAUCUGUGGAUCUGUUGGGGCGGUAUGCAAAUUGGAGUGGGUCUAGGGUUUCUGGGAUGAUGAUGUUGAUGUGAGCUAUGACCAGCCUUUCAAAGCACUUCAUGGCUACAGACGUGAGUGCUACCGGUCGGAAGUCAUUUAAGCAGGUUACCUUGGUGUUCUAGGGACUAUGGUGGUCUGCUUGAAACAUGUAGGUAUUACAGACUUGGCCAGGGACAGGUUGAAAAUGUCAGUGAAGACACUUUCUAGUUGGUCAGCGCAUGCUCGGAGUACACGUCCUGGUAAUCCAUCUGGCCCUGCGGCCUUGUGAAUGUUGACCUGUUUAAAGGUCUUACUCACAUCGGCUAUGGCGAGCGUGAUCACACAGUCGUCCGGAACAGCUGGUGCUCUCAUGCAUGCUUCAGUGUUGCUUGCCUCGAUGCGCGCAUAGAAGUCAUUCAGCUCGUCUGGUAGGCUUGUGUCACUGGGCAGCUCGCGACUAGGCUUCCCUUUGUAGUCCGUAAUAGUUUGCAAGCCCUGCCACAUCCGACGAUCGUCGGAGCCGGUGUUGUACGAUUCAAUCUUAGUCCUGUAUUUAUGCUUUGUCUGUUUGAUGGUUCGUCUGAGGGCAUAGCGGGAUUUCUUAUAAGCGUCCGGGAUAGAGUCCCACUACUUGAAAAUAGGCAGUUCUACCCUUUAGCUCAGUGCGGAUGUUGCCUGUAAUCCAUGGCUUCUGGUUGGGGUAUGUACGUACGGUCACUGUGGGGAUAACAUCAUCGAUGCACUUAUUGAUGAAGCCAGUGACUGAUGUGGUGUAGGGCCCUGUGUAGCUCAGUUGGUAGAGCAUGGCGCUUGCAACGCCAGGGUUGUGGGUUCGUUUCCCACGGGGGGCCAGUAUGACAAUGUAUGCACUCACUUAACUGUAAGUCGCUCUGGAUAAGAGCGUCUGCUAAAUGACUAAAAUGUGUACUCCUCAAUGCCUUCGGAAGAAUCCCGGAACAUAUUCCAGUCUGUGCUAGCAAAACAGCCCUGUAGCUUAGCAUCUGCGUCAUCUGACCACUUCCGUAUUGAGCGAGUCACUGGUACUUCCUUCUUUAGUUUUUGCUUGUAAGCAGGAAUCAGGAGGAUAGAGUUCUGGUCAGAUUUGCCAAAUGGAGGGCGAGGGAGAGCUUUGUACGCGUCUCUGUGUGUGGAGUAAAGGUGGUCUAUGGUAUUUUUUCUCUGGUUGCACAUUUAACAUGCUGGUGGAAAUGAGGUAAAACUGAUUUAAGUUUCCCUGCAUUAAAGUCCCCGGCCACUAAGAGCACCACCUGUGGAUGAGCAUUUUCUUGUUUGCUUAUGGCUUUAUACAGUUCAUUGAGUGCAGUCUUAGUGCCAGCAUCGGUUUGUGGUGGUAAAUAGACAGCUACGAAAAAUAUAGAUGAAAUCUCUCUUGGUAAAUAGUGUGGUCUACAGCUUAUCAUGAGAUACUCUACCUCAGGCGAGCAAAACCUAGAGACUUCCUUAAUAUUUGAUUUUCCGCACCAGCUGUUAUUGACAAAUAGACACAGACCGCCACCCCUUGUCUUACCGUAGGCAGCUGUUCUGUCUUGGGAUGCAUGGAAAACCCAGCCAACUGUAUAUUAUCCAUGUCGUCGUUCAGCCACGACUCUGUGAAAUGUAAGAUAUUACCGUUUUUUAUGUCCCAUUGGUAGGAUAGUCUUGAAAGGAGCUCAUCCAGUUUAUUCUCCAAUGAUUGCACGUUAGCCAAUAGGACGGAUGGUAGAGGCGGGUUAACCACUCGCCGACAAAUUCCCUCAAGGCACCUGGACCUGCGCCCCCUGUAUCGGCGUAUAUAAUUUUGUAUACAUAGUGAAUAUCAUUAUUUGUAACAGAGUACAUUUGUUUUAAUGAACAGGAUGUGGAUAUUUGACCGGUUCAAAAUUGGUUAAGGUAAGGUUUAGGGUUAGUUAGAGAGCUUCCAUCUGGAGCCAUUUAAAAUCUGCCAGCUGUAUACACACUGCCUGCUAUAAAUAACAAUUUCCCUUGUUUCCCUUGUUUCCCUUGUUUCCCUUGUCCAUCCACCAGCGUUCUUUGUGAAGAUAGAGAUGCAGCAGCUGGGCAGGGUGGUGAUGGAGAAGAAGACUCGAGCCCUGAAGUCCUCCGGAGGUCAGCUGACCUGGACCGAGUCUUUCUACUUCCCCUUAGCUCAGAACCAGGGCUUCCUGCUGUCAGUCAAACUCUACAGCCGCAGCUCUGUCAGACGGAAACACUACCUUGGACAGGUGAGACUAAGGCCUCGGGCUUUACAGCGUGAUUGAAAUUUUAAAGGCAAAUGGUUCCUGCUUUAGCGGAGACUGUAUUCACGGUAAACGCUGCAAUCUGAAAUUAAAUUUACAUUGCUAUCGCGGAAUCUGUAACGCUUCAGCUUUACAAAUUGAAUAGAGAGAGCCCCUAGAUUCAAUCAGAUCCAGCGUUGACCAGCGAUAGCUGACACCUGCAUAGCUGAUGUUUUUGGCGGUGUCGGUGGUGGAACUGUGUUGGUGAUGUCAAAUCGGUGAGCAGCUGCUUUUGUGAUCAUUGUCACGAAGCCACACCCGUCCCACUGUCGUUAGAAGUUCAGAAGGAGGAAGUGUAGCUAUAUAGAAAUAAUGACGCUCAAAUUGAAAAUCAUUCAACAAAAUAACUAAUGAUAAUUAAUUAUUUCUAUCAGCCUAAUCAAGGUGUAGAUUACAUCUCACAUUCCAGUGUUUGAACUUGUAAACAAGGCUACAUGGGAUUUCUCUCAAUGCGACUUGGUGCAGCCAAUAGCAACGUCUGCUUUAGGUGUAAUGCCGGGAGCCGUUGUUGGUUUUACACGCAGUUCCCCACCUGUUACGUUCCCACAAGACAAACUCAAAAUGUUGCUCACAACAAAAGGGAACUAACAAAGAAAAUUACUUUGACAACCAAAACAGAAAGGGGUUCUGAAAGACACCCAUGUGGGUCUCCACUGAAAGUUGACAAGCAACUAGGAAAUGUUCCCUAAAAGAUUCCCACCAUGGAUGCACACUACUGGCUAGGGAAGGGGAAACAAAAAGGAAACCCCACACCAACAGGAAAGGGAGUCAGUAGAAAGUGGAUCAAAAGGAAACCCCACACCAACAGGAAAGGGAGUCAGUAGAAAGUGGAUCAAUAAGAAACCCCACACCAACAGGAAAGGGAGUCAGUAGAAAGUGGAUCAAUAAGAAACCCCACACCAACAGGAAAGGGAGUCAGUAGAAAGUGGAUCAAAAGGAAACCCCACACCAACAGGAAAGGGAGUCAGUAGAAAGUGGAUCAAUAAGAAACCCCACACCAACAGGAAAGGGAGUCAGUAGAAAGUGGAUCAAUAAGAAACCCCACACCAACAGGAAAGGGAGUCAGUAGAAAGUGGAUCAAUAAGAAACCCCACACCAACAGGAAAGGGAGUCAGUAGAAAGUGGAUCAAUAAGAAACCCCACACCAACAGGAAAGGGAGUCAGUAGAAAGUGGAUCAAAAGGAAACCCCACACCAACAGGAAAGGGAGUCAGUAGAAAGUGGAUCAAUAAGAAACCCCACACCAACAGGAAAGGGAGUCAGUAGAAAGUGGAUCAAAAGGAAACCCCACACCAACAGGAAAGGGAGUCAGUAGAAAGUGGAUCAAUAAGAAACCCCACACCAACAGGAAAGGGAGUCAGUCGAAAGUGGAUCAAUAAGAAACCCCACACCAACAGGAAAGGGAGUCAGUAGAAAGUGGAUCAAUAAGAAACCCCACACCAACAGGAAAGGGAGUCAGUAGAAAGUGGAUCAAAAGGAAACCCCACACCAACAGGAAAGGGAGUCAGUAGAAAGUAGAUCAAAAGGAAACAGGGAAAACACAUAUAAAAGGCUUUGUUUCAGAACUUAAGAUAGCGAGAGCCAACAAAAGGUGUUACUCUCUCAACAUCUCUCAAGAACCAACUGAUGCCCAGGCCAGCAGGUCUUAAAUACCAGCUGGGCUGACUGAUGCACAGGCCAGCAGGUCUUAAAUACCAGCUGGGCUGACUGAUGCACAGGCCAGCAGGUCUUAAAUACCAGCUGGGCUAACUGAUGCACAGGCCAGCAGGUCUUAAAUACCAGCUGGGCUGACUGAUGCACAGGCCAGCAGGUCUUAAAUACCAGCUGGGCUGACUGAUGCACAGGCCAGCAGGUCUUAAAUACCAGCUGGGCUGACUGAUGCACAGGCCGGCAGGUCUUAAAUACCAGCUGAACAAGCCAGAACACGUGUAACACAUACUUACUGACGAGGUGACACCAAUUGGUGUUCCCUACGCGCUAACGUGAAAUAUAAAUGGAAAAACCAAAACCUGUAACAUACCUCCAACACUGAUAAUACAUCCUCCAACACUGAUAAUACAUCCUCCAACACUGAUAAUACAUCCUCCAACACUGAUAAUACAUCCUCCAACACUGAUAAUACAUCCUCCAACACUGAUAAUACAUCCUCCAACACUGAUAAUACAUCCUCCAACACUGAUAAUACAUCCUCCAACACUGAUAAUACAUCAGCAAAGCAGAUUUAGGCUGAAGCAGAUCUGAUUGAGGGCUGUAUUCAAUCCGUAGCGCUGAAUAUCUGCUUUAUAGCGCGAUUGACAAUUAAAGGCAAUGUUCCCGUGGUCACGGAGACUGCAUUCACGAUAAACGCUGCAUAUGUUGGCUCAAUCGGAAAUUACUUUUACAUUUUUAUGUGGAUCUUCCGGCGAUGCGGAUUGAAUCAAGCCCUAAAUCAGACCCUUACUUCAGUUUAAUCUCUUCUUCUGAUUCUUCUGCUUCUCCUUUAUUUACAAUGUCACGUUGCCACUAUCCACAAACACUCUGCUUAUAUCUCUGUCACAAAAACAAAUAAACUAGUGGAAUAUUUGAGUUCUAAGAUCAGGCCAGUUGCAUAACUUUCAUAACUGCUUCUGCAGGUUCACCUUGGCUUCGACAGCCCAACACAGGAAGCAGCAGAGCAGUGGAGGGACAGCAUGUCUCACCCUGAGAAG